AUGGAACGAUUAUUAUAUCACCACGAUUUCCUCUACAGGACAAAGAGAUCUCGACAAGAAAACGGCAAAAUCAACACCGCCGUUUCUUUGAAAAUGGUGAUUCGGAGACGAAAAUCGUUGUUAGUCGUGAUCGUUUUUCUUUCAUUAUGUCUCCUACUUAUGCUUCAUCAGAAAUCACAGAGAAACAUUGCUGAGGUGUUCCGGAUAGAGACACAUAAUCAUCACGGACAUGGACAUAACGGAGAUGUUAAGCAUGAACCUCAAGAUGAACAUAGAGAUCACAAAGAUGUGGAUCAUGAUGUCGGAGAGAAGAAACACAAUGAAGUGCAUGAGCCGGCAGCUCCAGUUGUUGACCUUGAAAUCUCAGAUGAACACGGUGGUCCUCCAUAUUUACUCGGAAAACUUGAAACAAUCGAUUCGCCGGUUGAAGCAAAACACGCAAUCUAUCAGAGCUAUGAAGAGGAGAUGAAAGCAGCUGAUUAUCAUUCAAAUGACAUCUUCAACACCAUGCAAAAGAGUGGUCAAGCUACAGGAAAUCGUGCUGUUCCUCCACAAACUAAAGAAAAGCUAGAAGUCUUUCUUUUACCCUUCACACAUGUUGAUCCAGGAUGGCUCAGAACUUUCGAUUCAUAUAGUGAAGAAACGGACAAGAUUCUCAACAAUGUUUAUGAAUUCAUGUCACAGGAGAAACAUAAGACAAUGAGAUUCCUUUGGGCAGAGUUUGUCUUCUUUGAGCGAUGGUGGGCAAAACAAAACGAUACAGUAAAGACAGGAGUGAAAAAAUUGGUAUCUGAUGGUCAUCUAGAACUAGCGUCAGGCUCUUGGGUAAUGACUGACGAAGCAAAUGCCUAUUUCCCAGUCUCUGUCGACAAUAUUGUUGAAGGACAUCAAUAUCUGAAUACGGAAUUUGGCAAAGUUCCAUCAACAGUGUGGUCAAAUGAUCCAUUCGGCUACAGUCACUCAGUUCCAUAUCUCUUUGUGAAAGCUGGUGUGAAAAGAACAGUGAUCAAUCGAAUCCAUCACCCGAUGAAACGAUGGUUACAAGGACAAAAAGCAAUCCCAUUUCAUUGGAGACAAUACUUUGACAAGAAUGGAAACGACGAAAUGUUCACCCAAAUCCUUCCCUAUACCCAUUACGAUAUUCCGAACUCUUGCGGUCCUGAUUCGGGAGUUUGCUGUCAAUUUGAUUUCCGACGAAUGACUCAAUGGGGUUGUGGUGGGACAAAUCCGGUACCGAUUACUUCAGAGAAUGUUAGAUCAAAAGCAUCCACAUUUGUUGAUGAGCUGAAGCGAAUGUCGAACAUGUACGAGUCGAACGUUCUCCUUGUCAUGCACGGCGAUGAUUUCCGUUUUGAGUUGAUGAGUGAAUGGCAUCAACAAUUCGACAAUCUACAACCGCUUUUUGAUGAAAUCAAUAAAGGAGAUGAUGUGAAAAUUCGCUUUGGAACAUUUAAUGAUUACUUCACAGCUCAAGAAAAAUGGUAUAAAGACAAGAAAAAGACGCCAGCGAAAAUCGCUGGCGACUUUUUCCCUUAUCAAUGCGCGAUGGGCACUUACUGGACUGGUUAUUUUACAACGAGGCCAUUUUAUAAGAGACAAGGACGAUUGUUGCAUUCAACAAUCCAUGCAGUCGAUUCCUUUUUGGUCCUUAAAUGGUCAUCAAUCUCACCAGUAGAGAGAAAAGAAUAUGUGAACACGAUGACAAAAGCCAGACGAGUUCUUCUACUCUUCCAACAUCAUGAUGCUAUCACAGGUACCAGCAAGAAAUCGGUGAUGAAAGACUACUCGAUUCAACUCUUCAAUGCACUCACUUCCGUCAAUGAGUUGCUGAAAAAGUUGCAAGACGAUUUCCAAGUGAUUCAAAAACCCACCGAAUACAAUCAAACGCUCUCCACAGCGGUCCUCAAAGUCUACACUGGAAAGCCGCUCACAAUAUCAGUCUUCAAUCAGCUACCCUAUCAACGAGCCGAGGUGUUGACUCUGCGCGUGAGUGAGCCCGAUGUGGCUAUCAUGCAAAAUGGGAAAGUCAUGAGAUCCCAAGUGGAACCGUACAUACAAAGUGGGCAUCCGGAUAAUGAAUCGUACACGAUUGCUUUUGAAGUAAUGCUCCUGCCAAUGUCCCGUUCACUUUUCACCCUCCUCGCCAAGAAUGAUAUCACUCGAAAGGGACAGAACAAAAACAUCACCCCGACCGAAGCCUCACUUUCCAUUUCUCCGCUCGUCUAUGAUGUGGUGUGGAAAGCUUUACCCAGCCUCUUUUCUGUCACAGCCAGCAAAUUGAGCUUUAUUGAUGGUAUUAUGCUUGAAUCGGAUCGAUUGAAAACGGAGCAUAAUGUCGAUGGUUCGAUCAAGAAAGUCUACUCUCCAACAGCUACCAAUGAGCCGAUCUCCUUUAACCAAACGUUUGUUCGUUACGAAAACGCUCACGGUGGUGCCUACAUUUUGAGUUCCGGAUCAAAACCGGGAGCGACUCACAGUAUUCCCAAUGCCAAGGUGAUCCUCGUGAAAGGACCCAUUCGACAAGUGCUUUACGUGUUGGGAGAACAAGAUGUCAUUCAACAAUCCUAUACGAUCAAUAAUUUGCUGGGCAGUGCCGGCGAGCGAAUUCAUUGGAAAAUCCUUUUGGACAUCACAAAGAGGAAGAAUUUUGAGUUGGGUGUUCGAUUCGAUUCGGCGCUGAACGUAAACACAACUUGGCAUUACACGGACAGUGUCGGACUACAGUUGAUCAAGCGAGCUCCAUAUCAUGGUCAUGAGGUCGGCUCUGACUACUAUCCAAUGCCGACUGCUGUCGUGAUGGAUGAUCGGGCGUUGAGAUUAACCAUCGCUUCCAACGUCGAACACGGCGCAAUGUUCCCGAAAAAUGGCAGCGUUGAAAUCAUGUUGGACCGGAUGCUUAACCAAGACGAUGGAAAGGGACUCGGAUCGGCUGAUGAUGGAAUCCCCGAUGAUUUAUUGCCUGUCGAAAUGGAGUUCACUCUGCUUUUCGAACAAGUCACUGAAAAGAAAAGGUCAGAACAUUUGAGUUACAACUCUUUGGGUGGCCAUCUCUCGUUGUUGACUAUGCUCUAUCCACCGCUUCUCAUGGCGGCAGCCGGCGAGCAAAAGGAUACAAUGACUGGAAUCCCUCAACUCGUGCUUCCCUGUGAAUACCAGUUGAUCUCAAUGCGCCGUCUUUCCCUCCCAAGUGAGGCCAUUCUCAUCGUUAUCCAUCGCUCUGGUAUCGAUGUCGGCUCAGCAUCGAUGGUUCACUGCAUCACAAAUGGACUCAAGGGGUCAAUCCGAGAGUUUUUGGAGGGAAUGGGUGCAACGAAAGUGGUUCGGACGAAUCUCAGCGGAGUGAAGGUGAUUGGAAAGGACAAAGAGGACACCAUCGACAAAGUCGAUCUUGAUGUCGCGGUCAUGGAUUUCUUGGUUUUGAAGAAGCUC